AUCCUUUCUCACCGAUUUUCAUCACAUCCGAGUAUUUUUUUUUUCUCUCCCUCCAAACGCGACAAGGAAGGACAGAAGACCGAUGUGAGAACUGCUUUGAAGAAUUGGCAGUGUGAUGUGUGGAACAGGGAGUCUUUAAUUAAUGGCUAGGGUUAGGAAUUGGUGGAGCCAUUCGAAAACGGUAGUUCUAAUCUGGCUCACAUCCGCUCUUCUUUUUUACUUUGGAUUGCAAUUUGUCCUCAGAAAUUCCUCUCUCAAUUACCCAUCUGCAGUUUCUACAAUGUCGGAUUCCGAGCGAAGAUCAAAAUUGUACGAUAAGAUGGAAAGUGACUUGAAUGAGCAUGGUGCAGCUUUCCUUGAACAUGGUGAAACUUCUCAGUCUUUGUCCCUUUCAGAUCUUUUCACCCUUAAGGAUGGAAUUGUAACUCCUGUACUCAAGGCAGCAAAACCACCAGUACGGGCUAAUGUUUUGUAUUUGAGCACAGAGUUCUCAGUGCCUAUCUCGGAAGCUGUAAGGUCUAUCUUUUCUCCAUACUUCGAUAAAGUGAUCUGGUUUCAGAACUCUAGUUUGUAUCAUUUUAGCAUGUUUCAUGCCUCACAUCAUAUUACACCUGUUCCUGCUACGGAAGUUGAGAUUGAAGGUGAAGCAACAGCUGUUGAAGCUGUUGCAAAGGCCCUAUGCCCUUUGAAAAUCGUGUUAGACAGGGUGCUCUUGACUCCAACUGGUGUGCUUCUGGGGUGUUGGCAGGUAGCCUCUGGGACAGAUCCAGUAACCAUUCGUGCUAAACUGAGAACUGCUCUUCCACGUGCACCCAAAAAUCAACUUUAUGACAAUGCGAUUCUUCAUACCUCAUUUGCACGACUUCUGGGUCCCCCUAAAUUUUCUCCAACGGAAUUGCAUAAAGCGUCAGAUCAACUUCAGUUUUUUCAUGAGCUUGUCACCCGCCUUAAUAAUAUAAUCCGUGGAUUUGAGGCAGAUGUUUCAGAGCUCUGGUAUGUGGAGGAAUAUGACGUGUUGGCUCUUGCAUUGAAUGGAAGAAUGAAGGUUCGCAGAUUCAAAUUGGCUGCAAGCAAAUCUGAAACUUCAGAAGAUCACAAAGUAGAAGGGAAAGCCUAGUCAUGAAGACAACCUCUUUCAUGCUCCACCGUCUGGUACCCAAGGCCUGGCUCCAAGCCAUCCUCAUACAAGUCUGAAAUGUGCCAGUCUGCCCCAGUAUAAUAUGGUGAAAAAAUUCUAACUGUCCACAACCUUUCUGCCUCUAUAUACAAGCUUGUAUAAUGUAUUAUAUGUAUAAUCUCAAUUCACAGAAUCAUAGCUCAAGAAUUGAUGGAUUUUAUUUCAUCUCAAUGCUGCAAAUGUUGGAAUUAAAUUCUGAUUUCUGUACACUCAUGAGUUGGAGGUGAACUGUUAUGGUACCAAUACAGGAUGAAACUCCAAUUGUAUGGGCA